UGACUGACCUCUCGUUGGACACAUCACAUUUUGUGAGCUCUCUCUGAUAACAAGGAUCUGUUACACUAGAACCUCGAAAUGUCUAGACGCAGCACCGCUAACAAGAAGAAAGUCUCUUGGUUUGAUAUGCGGGAACAAGAGGUGAGUGUGGAUUAUAACGCAAUAAUCAACGUUGACACAGUUUCAGACUCUGAAGAUUGUGUAAAGCCACCACAAAAGGUUUCUCUAGCUGAGAAAGUCCUGCAGGAAUCGUCUGUCUUUGAAAAACAAAGAGACAUGGACCGUCUUUUGAUUGAAGUGGAGGAACUCAAGGAAAAUUUGAAAAUUUCCAACGAUUCUCUAAAAAAUGAGAAAAUAAGACGAACCAAAGCUGAAACUAACUGUGUGUUUUACAAGAGAGAAAUUACCGAAUUAGAGCAGGGAUUAGAUUACUAUCAGCAUAAGGUAGAGACUCAUGAAAAAACGGUGCAGACUUUACAAAACCAGCUUCAGAGCAAAGAAAAUCUCUGUGAGAGACUGCAAAAGCGUUCUCAGCAGGAGUCACUGCUGAGACACAACUUAGCUCAAGAAAAACAGAGGAGUGACAACGAACAUAUAAUCAAUAGUAAGUUACAGAAGGAAAUUGCAGAUUUACACAAGGAGAAAGAAAAUCUUUUAAACAAGCUGGAGAAAUUUUCCUCCAUGAAAAAGGAGGCAGAUGAGAAGAUGUCUGCACAGCUGGAAACCUUGAAACACCAGUUGGAUGAGAAAUCUUCUCUCUGUCAUCAACUGGAAUCGUCUUUUAUUAAGGAAAAGCAGCUGAGAGUCCAGUUACAAGAGGAGAAGAAGAACCAGAAAAAAGAUCUAAGUCAUCAGAAAUUAAAGAACGAAAUCUGGGAAUUAGAGCAGGGACUGGAUUACUAUCAAAAUAAUGCAGAAACCCGUGAAAAAAGAGUGAAGAGUUUACAGAUCGAGCUUCAGAACAAAGAAACUGCAUGUGAAGAUCUGCAGAAGACUUUAAAACAGCUGAGAGUCCAGUUAGCUGAAGAGCAGCAAAACAGUCAGAACAAAGACACAAUUACUGAGAAUUUAAAAGAGGAAGUUGGAGAACUAAAGAAGAGCCUUGUGCAAGCUCUGGAGAGUCUUAACUCCACAAAACUCGAGGUGAAGGAGAAGAUGUCUCAGCAGCUGGAAGUGUUUAAUCAGCAGCUAGAAGAGAAAUCUGCUCUUUGUCAAACACUUAAAUCAAGUUUAGACAAAGAGCAGCAGCUGAGGGUGAGCUGUCAGGCUGAACUCGACAAUACCAGAGUUCUUGUCUCUGAGAAUUCAGAUCUCCAGCAGGAGAUCCAGGAUUUGAAGGAGAGAAACUCUGAACUCAGAGAUGUGAUGAUCAAACACGUCUCUGAGAAAGUCGAGUCAGACCAGCAGUUUGUUCAAGAGCUGCAGAAACUCAAAGAGCAGCAUGAAGAGGAAUUAGUUACCCUAAAACUGCAGCUUAAAGAACAUCUCAGAUCUGAGAUCCAACCUGGUUCUGAGAUUUAUUCACCAGAACCACAGCCGUCUGUGGAAAGUCUAGAGACAAAUCCUGACAAGGAUUGUCAGACGGACACGGACGUUUGUCAGACUGAAAUCAUUCAGGAGACGCUGGAGUUAAGCCAAAGUCUCCACAGUAACGAGUCUCCAUCUGAAGAAGCCGUUCCACAAACAGUCAAACCGCAGAAAAACAUUUCUAAGUGGAGACGCUUCAAAAAGUUUAUGACUCCGGCGUGUCUGCGGAAACACAAGAACAAGUUAUAAACUAAUUACCUGCCCUCACACACACCACCCUCACACACACACCUUCACAAACCACCGUCCAAUAUUCACACACCUUUAGAAAAAACGGGGCUGUAUGUUAGAGAAGAUGGUCGUGCUUUCGUCUUGCAGAGGUUGCUGGUUUACAUGCCAGCUGUGACCCCUCUGUGUGACAGAGCACGUUCUCUCUCAUGCACGCGUGGGUUUUCUCCGGGCGCUCCGGUUCCCCCACAAACACGUGUUUAGGUUAAUUAGUGACUCUAAAAUGUCUGGAUGAGUGAGUGAGUAACUGGUGUGACUGAACACAAUAGAAAAAUGAUAAAUCUCCAGAGUCUGACUCAAUCUGGAACGAUCAGAUCAACAGUCUCUUAUCAAAAAGUAGUUAGAGUGUGCUUCAAGUAGGCAAGGCAGCUUUAUUUGUAUAGCACCUUACAACAGCAUCAAACCGACCAAAGUGCUUCACAGAAAUUAAAACAUUACAAAACAACAUACAACAUAAAGAUACCUAAAAACUAAACCCUAAGAACUAACACUAAAAAGACUAAAAGACUCUCAUGCUGAGUUAAAAGCCAAAUCAUAAAAAUAGGUUUUCAAAAGAGAUUUAAAACCAGAGAGUGAAGAGGCACUUAUAUAUACAUAUACUUAUAUAUAUAUACAUACUUUAUAUACUUACAUACAGCUAUACCUAAGUAGUAGUGUGUUAUCAGUACAUUUUAUUUGACUCAUUCUAGUAAGGGCAAGAUGUAAAUCAUAUAUUUGCAAAUCCUAUCUGACAAGUUUUAAGCAAUUGGCCAGCUUAAACAUGAAAAGCUCAAGAGUGAAUAAUCAACACAUUCUCACUCCCAGCGCGUCAAAAACAAACGCUUGGUCAGCCACCCUCCACCUCAGAUCCCUGACGCCAAACGUGCCUUUUUCAUUACUUAGGUGCGAAAAGGUUUUUUUCCCCUUAUUUGACUGCAGAUCCCAAUGCAGCGUUACACUGACGCGAUGGGAUGUCCGCAGCCAAGGCACCAAACAAGCUCAUUGUACCUCACCCUAACCUUUUCCUCUUAUUUAACCUUCCCCUCACCCCUAUCCUAACCUUAACCAUCUUGCUAGCGAACACGUUAGUGAUGUGUCGAUCACUCUAAAAGCCGGCUCUAUGAAGUGAAGGGCGAGAGCCGCCUGUCAAUGGUCGGGUUUGGACCGAGCAAACGCGAGGGGGAGGUUUCAACUACCACGGUGGAGGUUAAAAGUAGACGGUGUUUGUAACCUCCCCCUCACCAGAUGGUAUGUUCUAACGUUCCCCUUGGGCGGCAAAUACGAAAAUUCACAGUCAGACUGCAUGGGAAACAAACGCUUGAUCACAGUGAGAGUAACGUUGUGGGUAGCAAGAGGGUUAAGUAUAGGAUGAGGGAGAGGGGAAGGUUAUAGUGAAACGUUAAGGUUUAGGUGCGGUUAAAUGAGCUGGUUCUGUGCCGCAUCAGCGGAUAUCUCAUCCUGUCAGUUUUACGCUGCAUUGGGAUCAGCAGUUACAAAAGGGAAAAACCCCUUUCCGCACCUAAGUAACGAAAAAGUGCACUUUUGGCGUCAGGGGUCUUACGUGGAGGGUGGCUGACCAAGCGUUUGUUUUUGACGUGCUGGGAGUGAGAAUGUAUUGGAAUAAUAGUGUAGGAGUUUAUUUGGAAAUAAUUGGCUGCAAAGGGGGCUAGCCCCUAUUUAAAACAACCAAAAAAUUUAUCCCAUCCGCUGAAUCACCACCUUAACGUGGUGGGUGGGUUUGUGUACCCCCAGGAUCCUGAAGGAUGUUUGGUCAGGGUGUUGGCUCAGGGUGGGGUCUCCCGUGGCAUCAUUUCCUCAGGUGAGGGGUCAGACUAAGAGUGAUUCAAAGACUUAUUUUAUAGAAAGCCAUGAAGAAACAGUCUCCAUGUUGCAGAACUGACUGGUGGAGACUAGACAAUCCUCAUGGACGAGAAGGUCACCUGUGCAGCUCCAAGCAGCAGAAUAAACAAAUCUGUUCAGAGUAUUUGGCUUCUUGAAGUUUCUGGAUUCUGUUUUUGUAAAGUGAUUAA